AAUAGAAAAGAAUCUCCGUCUUUCAUUAGCUGUACACUAGUAUGGGCAUUUUUUAUAUCAUUUUAAUAUUCGUAAUAGCAUUUAUUUCUGGAAUAAUAUCUGUACUCUUGUUGGAAUUUUAUAUUUUUAAAAAAUAUUUUGAAACUGGACUGGAGGCGACACCGCCAAAACACCCAACGUUACCCGGUGCAGCAAAGUUGCCCGAAGAAUUAGUCAAUCAAGUUAAAGAGCAGGGGCCUAAUUUUAUAACUGGUUCGCCUCGUCAAAGCCUGUCACAAGGAAACGAGAAUUUAGCAUUAAAUUUAACGUUACAAUUUCUUUUUAACGAAUUACGGAAUGCAGAGCGCGUUCGUCUAUGGCUUUAUCGUAAGUUAAACAAUGAGUUCAAAGAACUUCUUCAUCAAUCCAGUACAGGAAAGCUAUUUGAUAGCGUACAGUUGAGAGACUUGAAUCUUGGCAAUCACUUCCCCACCAUUAAAGGCUUAGACGUAGCUGAAGCUAAAAUAUGUGCAGACACAGGCUUAUUAGAAACAUUGGAUCUUUGCUUAGACCUGCAUUAUUCGGGAAACUUCCAAAUGUCAAUAGAUGUGAAAAUGUUGUUGGGCAAAACGGCUUAUUUAUCACUUCAAGUAAAAAGAUUAACUGGGAAAGCAAGGCUUCAAUUUACACGAGUUCCGUACACACAUUGGUCUCUCAGCUUUUAUACAGAACCAGUUUUAGAAUUAGAAGUGCAUUCUCAAUUUCAGGGACGGCAAUUGCAGCCCCAAAUAAUUUCCCUCAUUACAAGUCAAAUUCGUAGAGCUAUUCGUCGAAAGCAUACUCUGCCCCGUUACAAAAUUCGUUACAAACCAUUCUUCCGUAGACUUAAUGAUGAAGAUAUCGACUUAUCAGAAGUCUCGGUAACUCAUCUGACUCCAGGAUUUCUAGAUGUUACUUUAAUCGAAGUGUCCCGUUUGAACAUUGACCUAAGCUCAAUGAGCGUCGAUGAUCUGUCUCAAAUUGAGAUUUAUUGUACCCUCAGUGUUGAUGCAACACCAUGGGUGUGUCUUACACAAUACGCUGGUAUUCCUUAUAUGAUAUUGGAUCUGAUAAUUAGUAAAGUUAGUUGCCAGCAGCUUGGAGUUGUGUUUAAGCAAGAAAAUAUCGCGGAGAUGGGCCAAAAUUGUGUGAUUGUGGAAACAAUCGUAUCGGGUAGUCCAGCGGCAAUAGCCGAAAUGAAGAAAGGCGACGUAAUCGUAGCUGUGAAUGGUAAAAAAGUUACCAACAUGAAUCAGAUUGCGAAAUUGUUGAAAAGCGCUGCGCAACGACGCUUUAUAAUACGCGUGGAGAGAAAAUUUUCCAUUGUAGAUUGGGAGAGAAGCAGCUUGUCCAAGUCAGAUAUGGAUAGAACAUUUGAGAAAUUUCAGGUCAAACGAUUGUCGGCGAACAAAAUUGAUUUGCUCAAUGUCGACGACAGCUUCAAAUCUAUAAAAUUCUCAGAUUUAAAAGACUGCGAAAUGGAGACGUUAGAGAAAAAUGAGAUUAGUAGUAAAUUGUUCAAGCGAAGGAAGAGUAGUAGCGUCCAUACUAUCGUUGACGACACGAUGCAAGUUUUCGAAACACCGUCGAGGCGAAUUUCGACUACGUCAUCCAGCUCGUCAGGCACGUCUAAUAUUGCACAGUUUUUUAAUAUUAACGACCUAAGCAGCUUCAAUCUGCCAGAUUUGUAUUAUACGAGUAAGGAGAAGGGAUUUGCUAACUUAAUUUCGUUUGAAGAAAAACGAUGCUUUCAAAUCGAUUCGGAACAUCAGUACUUGAAUAUUGGAGUUUGGGCAAAAGUCAAAGGCAGCGAAGUUCAACAAAAACUAUUGGGAUACAUUAAUUCACCGAUUAAAUUAAUUUUAACCCAAUGCUCGACAUCGUCAACUGGUUAUAGCUUAAAGAGUCACGCGUUGCUGCCUCCAGACUCCAGAAAUGCCUCUAAUUUUAAACUGCACGGAUAUUCUGGAUUCGAUCCAUCGCUGUGUUAUGGCGAUAUUUUAUUAUCUUACGUCUGGGCUUCAAACCGUUCGACUCAACCUACUGCCGAUUGCAAUAAAAAAUGUGUCGAGGAGACGAUUAAAUUGCAGACUGUUUCGUUGGAAGACAACGCGAACAAAAAGUCACACGAUUUCAUUAGAACGCACUUUCACAGGGCCACUCAUUGUGACUUUUGCACCAAAAAGAUUUGGCUAAAGGACGCGGUGCAGUGCCGUGACUGCGGAAUGGUGUGCCACAAGAAGUGCGAGGUCCGUUGCCAGUCGUCCAACACCUGCGGCGCCGAAUGUCUCACGGCGAUGGCUUUCGAGACCGACGAGGUCGAGUCGGGGCCCGAAAUAUCGCUCACGUCUUACGAAGAGAACGUUCAGGGCGCGAGUAUGACGGCUAUGAAGGCCACCAUUACUAACACGCUUCUGGGCCUGAAGAAGGCCGGAAGUACAAGUUGCCUGGCCCCACCGAAUACUGGCAUUGGUCUGGCAUCCAGAAGCCUACCCCCAAGCCCCUGCGCAUCCCGCAAGGUAGACGGUGGCGGUGGACUGGGCAUAAGUCCAGACUUGCUGGAGGGUGCGGAGUCGAGCAUCGUCAUGCCCCUCAUCGCCGGUGAUUUUGACGACGUUUUAAUGUUCAAGGCCAAGGAGACCGGUAAAUUGCUCUACAAGAAUUUGGAGCCGCGGAAACGCCUCGACACCAUCAACACCAUGAUAACGAAAUUGAAGUCUUCGCUCGAUACUGAAACUACCUCAAGGCAAGAAUUGUCACAGAAUGCCAGCUUGGAAAGCACAAAGUUGAUAACCCAGAGCGACCAGAGGGUGAGGGCAUUGAGCGUAUUAUUGCUACAUUAUUGUACCGGCCUACAACACGCCCAGGAGCAAAUGAACAUGGAGGAAAAGCAGUGUGAAAGCGAUCGAUUAAGUAGUCUUCGCGAUUUCAAAUAA